GGGGGCGGAGGCGGUGUUGGCCGGUUCUCCGGAAGGAGACGUGGCGGCGGUUGGGCCCCCGGCUCCCUGGGUGCUUUGUAGUCCCGCCGCCUCCUCCUCCUCCUCCACCUCCUCCUCCUCCUCUUCUCCUAGGGCAGAGGAGGCUGUGGCGGCGGCUGGAGAAAGCGGCGGCGGAGGAUGGAGGAAGGAGGCGGCGGCGCGCGGAGUCUGGUUCCCGGCGGGCCGGUGUUACUGGUCCUCUGCGGCCUCCUGGAGGCGUCGGGCGGCGGCCGAGCGCUCCCCCCGCUCAGCGAUGAUAUCCCUUUCCGAGUCAACUGGCCCGGCACCGAGUUCUCUCUGCCCACAACUGGAGUUUUGUAUAAAGAAGAUAAUUAUGUCAUCAUGACAACUACACAUAAAGAAAAAUACAAAUGUAUACUUCCCCUUGUGACAAGUGGAGAUGAGGAAGAAGAAAAGGAUUACAAAGGUCCUAAUCCACGAGAGCUUUUGGAACCACUAUUUAAACAAAGCAGUUGUUCCUACAGAAUUGAGUCCUAUUGGACUUACGAAGUAUGUCAUGGAAAACACAUUCGGCAAUACCAUGAAGAGAAAGAAACUGGUCAGAAAAUAAAUAUUCAUGAGUACUACCUUGGGAAUAUGUUGGCUAAGAACCUUCUGUCAGAAAAAGAACGAGAAGCAGAGGAAAAGGAAAAGUCAAAUGAGAUUCCCACUAAAAAUAUCGAAGGUCAGAUGACACCCUACUAUCCGGUGGGAAUGGGAAAUGGUACACCUUGUAGUUUGAAACAGAACCGGCCCAGAUCAAGUACUGUGAUGUACAUAUGUCAUCCUGAAUCUAAGCAUGAAAUUCUUUCAGUAGCUGAAGUUACAACUUGUGAAUAUGAAGUUGUCAUUUUGACACCACUCUUGUGCAAUCAUCCUAAAUAUAGGUUCAGAGCAUCUCCUGUGAAUGACAUAUUUUGCCAAUCACUGCCAGGAUCGCCAUUUAAGCCCCUCACUCUGAGACAGCUGGAGCAGCAGGAAGAAAUACUAAGGGUGCCUUUUAGGAGAAGUAAAGAGGAAGAUUUGCAGUCAACUAAAGAAGAGAGAUUUCCAGCAAUCCACAAACCCAUUGCCAUUGGCUCUCAGCCAAUGCUCACUGUUGGAACAACUCAUAUAUCCAAACUGACAGAUGACCAACUCAUAAAAGAGUUCCUUAGUGGUUCUUACUGCUUUCAUGGGGGUGUUGGUUGGUGGAAAUAUGAAUUCUGCUACGGCAAACACGUACAUCAAUACCAUGAGGACAAGGACAGUGGGAAAACCUCUGUGGUUGUAGGGACGUGGAACCAAGAAGAGCAUAUUGAAUGGGCCAAGAAGAAUACUGCUAGAGCCUAUCAUCUUCAAGACGAUGGUACCCAGACAGUCAGGAUGGUGUCCCAUUUUUAUGGGAAUGGAGAUAUUUGUGAUAUAACUGACAAACCAAGACAGGUGACUGUAAAACUAAAGUGUAAGGAGUCAGAUUCUCCUCAUGCUGUUACUGUAUAUAUGCUGGAGCCUCACUCCUGUCAAUAUAUCCUUGGAGCAGAGUUAGACAGUGAGAGAGAAAGGUCUUCCUUUUCCGUUGGUUCACCUCCCAAAUGGCCGCUACGACUGGUGCGCUGCGCCGAUCUGAAGCCAGGAGCCAGGUGCUUCCUCCUGGUCUCCCAUGCGGGUGCAGGGCCUAAGCACUUGGGCCAUCCUCCACUGCACUCCCGGGCCACAGCAGAGAGCUGGACUGGAAGAGGAGCAACCAGAACAGAAUCCGGCGCCUCAACCGGGAUCAGAACCUGGGGUGCCAGCGCCGCAGGCAGAGGAUUAGCCAAGUUGAAUCUCCAGUGAUCUGUAAAAUCUUAGAUACAGCAGAUGAAAAUGGACUUCUUUCUCUUCCCAAUUAAAGGACUUGAAAAUUGGGAGGAAACUGAGAUCAUUGAAAGUCUGAUCUCUGUCUGACCAUGUGUCUCACAGAGUUCUAAGCCAUUGGACCUCAUCUAAAGGAUCAUAUAAAAGGACUCUCAGCCACUUUGUGAAUGUAUAUGUGUAUAUAAGAGGUUAUUGAUAAGCUUUUAAGGUGACAUUUGUCUCACUUUUUUCAUUUUUGUUGUAUGUUAUGAACUGAUUGUGUUUUUUUCUUUGCUUGAAUAAUGUGAUUCCAAAAUAAAUCUCAUCCAAGCAAUAUAGAGUCCAGCCUAUUCAAAUGUCAUAAUCAUAUCCAUUGAAACCUUUUAAGUUAUAGGUUAAUUAUGUAAAUUAUAUAUAACUAGCUAAUGAAAAAACAGAUUGACAGAAGGUUGUUUAAAUGAGAAACCAUGUAAAAUGUGUAAAUUAUGGUGCCUGAAAUCCUUUCAACAAAUUUUUAUAAACUAGAAAAUUGGGCACAACGUAAAGCCUCACUGGGAGUUUUCGUCCUCACUGUUAAUCUCAAGAGAUUCUUAUUUGUAAUAGGUUGCUUCUUUCCCAGAACUUUCAUCUGUUUCUUUUUCCUUUUUUAUCAUAUGUUUUCUCCCAGAGUAUAUAUCUGGUGUGGACAGUUGAUGAUCCUUUGAUUCAGAUUGAUUUACCCUAAUAAAACACACUGUGCUGGCCAGCCAUUGUAUUUACUACUGUAUGCUUCAGAUUUUAGUUCUGGAAAGUUUCACAGCACAAUAUUUAUUUUCAAGUGAAUAAAAUGUUCAUAAGCAGUGUU